AUGUACUACAAAGAUAUAGAGUGGAAAUCAUUCUCAAAAUUAGAAUUAAGCAUCGAUGGAUGUUCAAGAAAAUUAGCUGAAAUAGAACAACUGAAGGAAAGUGCUAAUUUAGCUAGGGAGGCCCUUAAAAACGAGGAUAGUGAUGAUCUGAGAGAGUGCAAACAGGAAUUUUACAAGAGAAUGGAAGAAUCGAUGAACCAAGUACGCCCCAACCCAUCACCCGCUUGGAUGAAGAAAGGGAAGACACAUACUACAGUAAAAGGAGAACUGCAAUUUGCCCAGCCGAAGAAGACAACCCAGAAAGGGAAAACUCCGAAUAGGAACCAGCAGAAAGAGAAAGAUGAGAAGGUGAAAAAUAGGAAAGAAAAAGAUCCUGUACCCCCAAUGGAGCAUUCAACAAAAAAGAAAAAUAAAAUAAUGUCUAGAGAGGAGUUGAAAGAACGACAUGACGAAAUUUUGUACAAAGAGAUAAGCGAAGAUGAAAUGGAUGAAAUUUGGGAUUUCAUUAAGGCCAGUAAUUACACAAAUAUACAAAGAAGUAUGAAUGCCGUUUAUAAUCAGGAUGAUAAUUACGAAUUGCCAUAUGGUUGUACGAUGAGAGAGAUUAGUGAGAAAAUUACAGAAAAUGAUUUAAAUUUGUGGAUUGCAAAACUACCAAAUGUUGUAAUACCAAGGGACAUGUUUAUAAUUUGGCAUUAUGUUCAGUCUUUUGGAAGAGAUAAAUAUUUAAAGAUGAAUGGGGAUUUGUGGAGAAUGUGUGGGCAUUUGCAGAAGGAAUAUAACAUACCAAAUGAUAUUAAAAAGAGAGAAUGGCUAGAAGUCGCUGGAUACCUGUCAAGUGAGUUACUGGAAAAGGAAAACAAUGAUUCUUUAGAGUUUAAAGAAUUAGUUAAAAAGGGAUUCUGCACGAAAGCGGAGUUUUACAAAUUCAUAGAUAAUACAAGGAGUUCGUGGAACAUCCUAACAGAUAUAAUGAUGGAUUCAUGGAAGGAGCGAUUAAUUGAAAGACUAAAAGGUUACAGCAUAGAAAAAGAGUAA